GCAACGAUGAUGCUGGCUUGAUCAAGCUGCGCCCAUGGUAAUAGGAGCCGAUUAAAGAUACUUUGACGAGGAGAUCUUGCGCAUUGAUAAGGAAAAGGGGAUUAUGUUUCGAGCUAUGCUAUAUGUCCAUGGCAAGAUGAGGAGAUAGACCACAAAGUUCUCUGAACGAUGCUUGGGCCAUCGGCAGCAUGAUUCCCUUGAGGAUUGCACGAAGCUGUUGCGGGAGACCUACAGGUCUCCUAACGAACCACUGGAGGCAAAAGCAGGCUUCCACUUUCAAGAUUCCUUCUUCGACGACUAGACUCUCCGUGGUGCCCUCAGGAAAGAGGUGGACUUCUACUGAAGCUGGCGAUAAUGAGUCAGGCCACAUUCUGACCCAGAAAAAUGAAGGGAUCUUGUUUUUCGACAAUGUCUUUCCCUUGAAACUUCAAUGGCUCAAUCGCAUCCCCUACUUAAACCCUGACAAGUUGCUGGCGACAUCCCUCAGCAAGGUGAACCAACCCAAUCUUGCGCUGGCCGACACCUCCAGUAUCAUCAAGCGAGCACUUCCUGAAAACCUACCCCUCCAUGUCAAAACCAUUUUACCGAGACUGCGCGAAGGCGGAGCUUUUGUCAAGUUCUCCCACGAAGAAGGAAUCACUGCCACAGAGCUGGAAAGCACGCUGAAACAAUAUCUGGAGGAAAAGCCCAUUACACCAUGGUUCAAUCCUUUUCGGAGGGUUCGGGCCUUCUUGGUGCAAGGGAAGCCGUGGAUCGAAGAUCUGUAUCGCGUCCCUACUCCCAGGAUCAAGGUUGAAUUCUUGCCCACUGCUCCUGAGAACUCUGCGGCCGAAUUGACCCAAGAGACGCUUUAUUCGUUGUUCCGCCGGUAUGGAAAGCUCACAGAGAUCCUAUCGCAACCAUCCGACUCAAAGGUCGUCCCGAGAUACGCCUAUGUCGACUACACGCGGGUUAGAUUCGCAACCAUGGCCAAGAAUUGUAUGCAUGGUUACGUCGUCCCGGCCGCAGAUGGCGGAGGAAAGACUGGGACGCUCCUCAAAUUGAGUUAUGAGUCCAAACGCAAAACCUACUGGAUAUGGGACUGGAUGACGAACCACCCCAGGAUUGUUAUCCCCUUGAUAGUAGCUCUAUUAACAGCAGCUUCCGUCGCCGUGUUCGACCCCAUCCGAACUUUCUUCAUCAGGAUGCACAUCACGCACGGCCUUCACCUGGAAGACAAUCGAAUCUUCAAGUGGGUCAGAAGCCAGCUUCUGCGAGGCUACGACAUCAUCAGAUUCCGGAAACAGAAUCGUGACGAGGACAGCCUGAGGAUUGUCUGGGAGGAUCGCCAAGAUGCCAUCAACCAGUUGAAAACGUGGUUGAUCGAGACUGCAGACACAUUCAUAGUGGUGCAAGGACCGCGCGGCGCUGGAAAGAAGGAACUGGUCGUCGACCAAGCCUUGAAAGAUCGACCCCACAAACUCGUGAUUGAUUGCAAGAAGAUUCAGGAAGCUCGCGGAGACAGCAACACCAUUGCUGCGGCGGCGGCCGAAGUAGGCUAUCGUCCAGUGUUUUCGUGGAUGAACAGCAUCAGCAGCAUGGUCGAUCUUGCGGCAACAGCCACCAUUGGCACGAAGGCAGGGUUCUCCGAGACAUUGGACAACCAAUUGGCCAAGAUUUGGGGCAACACAACGACUGCAUUGAAGCAGAUUGCAUUAGCGCCGCGCAAAAAGGAUGACAAAGACGCGCAAAUGGCGGAUGACGAGUGGCUGGAAGCUCAUCCAGAGUAUCGGCCAGUGGUGGUGAUUGACAACUUCUUGCACAAAAACAAUGAGGGUUCCGCGAGUAUGGUCUAUGACAAACUGGGAGAAUGGGCUGCUGUUCUGACGACGCAGAACAUUGCCCAUGUCAUUUUCCUGACUACAGACGUGUCCUUCUCCAAGUCACUCAGCAAAGCAUUGCCCGACCGAGUUUUCCGGCAAAUUACAUUGAGUGACUGUACUCCCGAAGUGGCAAAGAAGCUUGUAAUCAAGCACCUUGACGCUGACAUCGCAGAAGACGGUGCAUCGGCCGAGGGGAAGAUUAGUCCGUCCCAAAUGAGAAGUGAUCUUGACGAGCUGGACGGAGUGAUCCAGGUGCUUGGAGGUCGACUGACCGACCUCGAGUUCCUGGCGCGGAGGAUCAAGACAGGCGAAUCCCCCGGAAAAGCAGUACGCCAGAUCAUUGAGCAGUCCGCAUCGGAGAUCCUCAAAAUGUAUCUUCUUGACGUCGAUGUUUCGAGCCGCAAAUGGACGCCUCAGCAAGCAUGGCUAUUGAUCAAGGAGCUUGCGGCAAAUGAAACACUCCGAUACAAUGAGUUGCUUCUGAACGAUCUGUUCAAAGAUGGCGAAACCGUGCUCCAAGCUCUCGAGCAGGCAGAAUUGAUUACGAUCGCAUCUAAGAAUGGACGGCCCUACAGCAUCAAGCCUGGGAAACCGGUGUACCAAUCCGCGUUCGAGUAUCUGACCGAGGACGACGUGCUCCGAGCGAGGCUGGAUUUGGCAAUUAUGACCCAACUGAUCAGCCUGGAGAACAAGAACGUGGAGAAAUACGAGGCGGAGUUGAAGACGCUGGGCGAGCUGCCUGGCAUGCCCAGCGAGUUGAAGCCCCGGAUCAAAUGGUGUCUGGGCAAGGCGAUGGCCAGCCAGGAGAAGAUCAUGAAGUACGAGGCACAGAGCGGGAAGUUGAAGAAGGUGCUUGCCGAGCAGUUUUGAUUCAUUCCAGGCGUCUCUGCCACUACUCCCCUCAAUUAGCAUUGUUCGAUAGCCUUUGUCGAGCGAGUGAAACUUGUAUAUACUCUAUAUACCCCGAACUGUGCUUUAUCCCUAGCAUUUUCGUUCAGGAAAGGGAGCGAGGCCGCUUUAAUCGGGCACGUGACGAAGCCAUCGAGGAGGCCCGGCCCAGGAGAGCGUCGUCGGAGCCAGUUCGGGCUCAGGAGCCCUCUAUCUUGAAUCACACUACAGAUCAUC